GCUGGGAGUGGACUCUAGGCUGCAGAACUGGUAAGAGAGGCCCUCGAAGGAGGAAGCCUUUGCCCCGCCGCCCGCGAGGCAGCAGGGGGGCCACCAAAGAGGCACCGGUCCCCGGAGGCCCCGCCGGCCACACGCUGAGAUGUGGAAUCCCCUGCACGAAACUGACUCGACCUUUGUCGCCUGGCGCCGCCCGGGCUGGCUGUGCGCUGGGGCCCUGGUGCUGGCCGCCUGCCUCUUCGCCCUCGGCUUCCUCUUCGGAUUGUUUAUAAAAUCCUCCAGUGAAGCUACUAAGAUUCCACAGCAUAAUGUGAAGAAAGCAUUUUUGGAUGAGUUGAAAGCAGAGAACAUCAAGACGUUCUUGUAUAAUUUUACACGGAUACCACAUUUAGCUGGAACAGAACAAAACUUUCAGCUUGCAAAGCAAAUUCAAUCUCAGUGGAAAGAAUUUGGCCUGGAUUCUGUUGAGUUAGCCCAUUAUGAUGUCCUGUUGUCCUAUCCAAAUAAGACUCAUCCCAACUACAUCUCAAUAAUUGAUGAAGAUGGAAAUGAGAUUUUCAACACAUCAUUAUUUGAACCACCUCCUCCAGGAUAUGAAAAUGUUUCAGAUGUUGUUCCACCUUUUAGUGCCUUUUCUCCACAAGGAAUGCCAGAGGGUGACCUAGUCUAUGUUAACUACGCACGAACUGAAGACUUCUUUAAACUAGAGCGGGACAUGAAAAUUAAUUGCUCUGGGAAGAUUCUGAUUGCCAGAUAUGGGAAAAUUUUCAGAGGAAAUAAGGUUAAAAAUGCCCAGCUGGCUGGGGCCAAAGGGAUCAUUUUGUACUCAGAUCCUGCUGAUUACUUUGCUCCCGGGGUGGAGUCCUAUCCAGGUGGUUGGAAUCUUCCUGGAGGUGGUGUUCAGCGUGGAAAUAUCUUAAAUCUUAAUGGUGCAGGGGACCCUCUCACACCUGGCUACCCAGCAAAUGAAUAUGCUUAUAGACGUGAAAUCACAGAGGCUGUCGGUCUUCCAAAUAUUCCUGUUCAUCCAAUUGGAUACUAUGAUGCACAGAAGCUCCUAGAAAAAAUGGGUGGAUCACCACCACCAGAUUACAGCUGGAAAGGAAGUCUCCAAGUGCCCUACAAUGUUGGACCUGGAUUUACUGGAAACUUUUCUACCAAAAAAGUCAAGAUGCACAUCCAUUCCAACAAUAAAGUGAAAAGAAUUUACAAUGUGAUUGGGACUCUCAGAGGGGCAGUGGAGCCAGACAGAUAUGUCAUCCUUGGAGGUCACCGUGACUCUUGGGUAUUUGGUGGCAUUGACCCUCAGAGUGGAGCAGCUGUUGUUCAUGAAAUUGUCAGGAGUUUUGGAAAGCUGAAAAAAGAAGGAUGGAGGCCUAGAAGAACAAUUUUGUUUGCAAGCUGGGAUGCAGAAGAAUUUGGUCUUCUUGGUUCCACUGAGUGGGCAGAGGAGAAUUCCAGACUUCUUCAAGUGCGUGGUGUGGCCUAUAUUAAUGCUGAUUCUUCUAUAGAAGGAAACUACACUCUGAGAAUUGAUUGUACCCCACUUAUGUACAGCUUGGUAUACAACCUAACAAAGGAGCUCCAAAGUCCUGAUGAAGGUUUUGAAGGCAAAUCCCUUUUUGAGAGCUGGAAUGAAAAAAGCCCUUCACCCGAAUUUAGUGGCUUGCCCAGGAUUAGCAAAUUAGGAUCUGGUAAUGAUUUUGAAGUGUUCUUCCAAAGACUUGGAAUUGCUUCAGGCAGAGCACGGUACACUAAAGAUUGGGCAACAAACAAAUUCAGCAGCUAUCCACUGUAUCACAGUGUCUAUGAAACAUAUGAAUUAGUGGAAAAGUUUUAUGAUCCAGCUUUUAAGUAUCACCUUGCUGUGGCCCAGGUUCGAGGAGGAAUCGUCUUCGAACUAGCCAAUUCCAUAGUGCUCCCUUUUGACUGUCGAGAUUAUGCUGUCGUUUUAAGAAAGUAUGCUGAUAAAAUCUACAAUAUUUCAAUGAAACAUCCACAAGAAAUGAAAACAUACAGUGUGUCAUUUGAAUCACUAUUUUCUGCAGUGAAGAAUUUUACAGAAAUUGCUUCUAAUUUCAGUGAGAGACUCCAAGACUUGGACAAAAACAACCCAAUAUUAUUAAGAAUUAUGAAUGAUCAACUGAUGUUUUUGGAACGAGCAUUUAUUGAUCCUUUAGGAUUACCAGACAGGCCUUUCUAUAGACAUGUCAUCUAUGCUCCAAGCAGCCACAACAAGUAUAUGGGGGAGUCAUUCCCAGGAAUCUUCGAUGCUCUGUUUGAUAUUGAAAGCAAGGUGGAUCCUUCCAAGGCAUGGGAAGAAGUGAAGAGACACAUUUCUAUUGCAGCGUUCACCGUGCAGGCUGCAGCAGGGACUCUGAGAGAAGUAGCCUAAGAAGUUUCUUUGGGGAACACAUUGAAUUAGUAUGAUGUAUCACUCAGAAAGAAUCAUGUUGGAUGUACUGAUAAACUGAAAAAUAAAGUUGUGUACAUAUAUAUACAUAUCUAGA